CCUGUCAGCUGCAGAAGACGGAGGGUCCCAGCGCUCUCACUGGCAAAGUGGAUCGGUUCGGAGGGGUGACAGUGGACUUGGGUGACAGCAGCGUACCAGAGGACAUAAGCGAGGACGCAUUUAGUAGAAUACUCCAUGGGCCGGGUCGUAGGGGCAACAGUCUAAGCAGGGACCCCCAGACUUCCCCCUCCCCAGACACUUCCUCCAGCUCCUCCGGGUGGACCCCAGGGCAUUCCCAGGCCAGCCAAGGGACAUUGUCCCUCCAGUGUGUUCUGGGUCUUCCCUGGGGCUUGUCCAGAACACCUCCUGAGGGAGGCACCCAGGAGGCAUCUGGAACGGAUGCCCAAGCCAGCUAGCUCCUUUCGACGUGGAGGAGCAGCGGCUCUACUCCGAACUCCUCUCAUGUGACUGAGCUCCUCACCCUAUUUCUAAGGGAGCGCCCAGCUACACUGUGGAGGAAACUCAUUUCGAUCGCUUGUAUCCGCAAUCUCAUCCUUUCAACAUUACCCGGAGCUCCUGACCCUUAAACAAUACAAUAUAUCAAUAUUUAGAUACUUUUGCACACCCCUAAUUCCAGCUCUACUGAUCUAUAAUUUGUCCUGAUUUACCUCCAUUGGAAUAAAUACAUUUAAUGUCAUCCUGAGAAACAUAUGCAAAGCAGUAACAUUUUCAUGGACAGUGCAUCUUUAAGUGUUUUAUUGCACCUUAAUAAUGGAGACUUAUCCACCGCCACCUGCUUGUCCCCAUGAAGAUGUUAUUUCUUGCCUUGAAUGUUCCAUAAUAUGCCAUUUAUCUUGCAUUACAGGAGUUUUUGCAGCUCAAACAUACCUUGAAAAACAUCUUACUAUGAGCUAGGUGACAUCUCUUUCUCCAAUAUAUGAAGUGCAACAUGGUUAAAUUGUACCUUUUUUUCCUCAGACUCAUUGGUGCAGUGGAGGGCAGAGGAGAAAGUGGCAGUUUGGCUCAAUAUCCCCAUCUCUCUGAGCAGAUGUGCAGCUGCUGCCUCUACACAGGGCUUCACCUUCCAUCACGCCAAAUCCCACCACAUUGUCAUGGCUCUGUGGCUCCGAGAGGGCGAGAGCCGGCUCCCAGGCUUCGCCACUCAUCAAGUAGGAGUCGCAGGUGCAGUUGUUGACGAGUCAAAUGGAAAGGUUCUGGUUGUUCAAGACAGAAAUAAGACAAAGAAUGCAUGGAAGUUCCCUGGAGGUCUGUCUGAUCCAGGGGAGAAUAUUGGUGCCACAGCGGUGCGCGAGGUGUUGGAAGAGACUGGAGUGCACUCACAGUUCAGGUCUCUGCUCAGUAUUCGGCAGCAGCACAACCACCCCGGGGCUUUUGGCAUGUCCGACCUGUACCUGAUCUGCCGCCUCAGGCCUCUGUCCUACCACAUCAACUUCUGCCCACAGGAGUGUCUGCGCUGUGAGUGGCUCCCCCUGGAGGAGCUGGCCCGGACUGCGGACACCACCCCUAUCACCUCCAGAGUGGCUCGUCUGCUGUUGUACGGUGUGGAGCAUGGAUUCAGCCAUAUUGACCUCACUAUGGAGGAGAUGCCCGCUGUGUACUCAGGCAUGUUCUACCAGCUCUACCACCGACCACUACCCAAUAAGAAGGCCUAG